CUACCAGUUGGAAACGACCUACUUCAGGUCGUUCGAGGUCGACCGAGUUUCGACUUCAAUUCGAUUUCGGUUCGAUUUAAAACCGCGGGACGCGGUGCUUUCCGAGUCCAAUAUUGUUCAGCGUCGGCGAUGAGAAGUUUGACGGAUUAAUUUAUGAGAAAAAAAAAUCGAUGUUUCUUUAAUAUCAUCGAGCUGGUCUCUGUACAAAAGCAAUAAGAUAUUGCAUGCGGCAACUUUCCCGACGUCGUUCGCUAGCUGAUUGUGAUUUAGUUGAUUCUAAGGUGUUACAAAUAGUGUAAGAUAAACAGUCCGUUUUAAUUACCAUGGCUGAAAGACUGGAAGGAACCACAGAAUUGUCGCAGGAGGAGGAUGCUCUUCUAGAUGAAGCGAUAACCAGUAGUUGGAAGAGACCUACGGUGGAAUAUCGCAACGGCGGCAAGGAGGUACAAGAGGAUGACGAAGAGUUCCCUCCAUUGGCAAAAAAGACCAGAGACAGUAAAAUGCAGGUAUUAUAUAGAAGUAAUGUGAAAAAUAUACCGGAACGUCGCAUCACUGCCCGUAAGAGGUUCAGAGAGGAGAGUGUUGAGACACAGGGUGAGAAGAUGACACGAAAUAGAUGCAACAGUUCGUCGAGCUCUAGCACGACUUCUUCAGGAAAUGGAAAGAAGAACGUCGAGUACGAGACUGAUCCUGCAGUCUUGGCGCGCAGACAGAAGGAAAUUGACUACGGAAAGAACACGAUAGGAUAUGAAAGAUACAUUCAAACAGUUCCUAAAAAUGAACGUGCAAAGGAACAUCCGAAGACACCACCAAAGUAUGCUAAAUACAGUAGAAGAGGUUGGGAUGGUAUGGUAAAACUCUGGCGAAAACAGUUGCACAAUUGGGACCCUCCCGAAGAGAAUUGCGACGACGCAAACAGCGAAACUAAAAGCUCCUCACCCUAGCAAUAGAAUCCUCCAUU